UUUGACCACACUGCGUGGUAGCAACCUUAACCUAAAACCAACAUGCAACACUUAACCUACAAAAACGGCAUAGGAUUCUAUUAGAGAACGAAACAUGUGUGAUUCCGAGACAGACGUAAUCACGAUAGGAAAAUACGUGAUAGUGAAGAAAUUGAAUUACAAGAAAAUUUACAAGGUUACCGCAAAUGGUAGUUUGACUCUAGGAAAGGACCUGGUGGAUAUGGGUGAAAUAAUCGGGAAACGAUUUUGGACCAGUUUCGAGAUGAUACCGUCCAAAAAUGGAAAACGGUCGUUUUUUUUGAAAGAGGCAACGGAAACCGAGUCAUGGAACGAUUUGCUGAGCACUUUGUCGAAAGGAAACGACAAUCGAUCCAUCGUCGAUGAUGGUAACUCACAGAAGCUCUCGAAAGAAGAAAUUGUUCAAUUGCAGGAAUCUGGGAAGAGUGGGAAAGAGAUUGUGGGCAGCUUGAUUGAGAACAAUAAGUCUUUCUUGGAUAGAACUGAAUACUCGCAAGAAAAAUAUCUGAAAAAGAAGGAACAGAAAUAUCUUAGGCAUUUGACAGUUUGUAAACCGAGUAUAAGUUCUCUGCAUGCUGUUUACUUUAAGCUGGAUCAUAAUAAAAUUGGAAAUUUGCGUAUGGAUGCGUUGGCACAAUUGUUGUCAUACAGUGACGUUCAGUCGAAUGGAUUGUAUAUAUUGUACAGUAGUGGAUCGCAAGGUUUGCCGACAGCUGCAAUGUUAAAUAGAAUCGGAGCAGACACGGAGGGAUAUCUGAUUAAUUUGCAUCCUGGAAAUGUGCCCCAAACCACAAUUGUCCAUGCCAUGAACUUCCCUAAAGAACAGUCGGAGAGACUGGUCAAUGUCAAUAUUUAUAGCUUUUUAAGAUUGUAUUAUCAAGGGGAAAGCGCUGUUUUGAAUAAUAUUUUAGCAUUGAAGAAGAUUCGUGAUAAUUGGACAGAUAAAAUUAAAGAAAAUGUCGAUGGAACCAUAGAAAACAGUUGUAUAGAUGGUCAAAUCUUAGGAAACAAGGAAACAGAGAAUAAAGAAUAUUUAAAAAUUGUUAGCGAUACAAAUGAGAUUUCUGAGGAACAGAGUACGAUAAAACGAAAGUUAGACGAAUUCAGUUCUGCAGAAGUUGUGCCUUCAAAAAGACCUAAGUGGUUGUUGGAAACGCAACACGCUGUAGAUCUUGUGCGGAAUUCAAAGGCUCGUGGAUUGGCUAUCGUGGCCAAGGAACAUCCAUUGAAUAUUGUAAUGGCUCUUUUGCCCUUUUUAGGAGCAUCCAGGCCGUUUGUGAUUUAUCAUGUUUAUCGAGAACCUCUCCAAGAGACAUAUAUGGUGUUAAAACAAAGACAGAAUGUUAUUAAUUUAAGACUGUUCUCCAAUUUCUUGCGUUCCUAUCAAGUGUUGCCAGACAGGACACACCCUGACAUUUUAACCAGUGAUACAGCGUUUUCGUCUGCAGAAUGGAUUAUAGUGUGAAUUAUAGAAAAUACCGGAAACGAGUCAAAGCCUUCUACGAGUAACGCCAAAAUUAAUUUAAAAUUUGCCAAACCGUCAUUCUCGUUUUUUUGCAAAAUACAUAAUAUCCAAACGUAUUUUCAUUUUGAAAACAAACCAGUCUU